GCUCUUUUUCCAAGAACAGCAGAAAAUGAUUGAGUACCAGAGAUCUGUGACAUUCAAGGAUGUGGUCGUGGGCUUCACCCAGGAGGAAUGGCACCAGCUGGAUCCUGCUCAGAGGGCCUUGUAUCGGGAUGUGAUGCUGGAGACCUAUAGCAACCUUGUCUCAGUGGGUUAUGAAGGCAACAAACCAGAUGUGAUACUCAAACUGGAACAGGAAGAAGCACCAUGGAUUUCUGAGGCGGUGUGCCCAGGUUGCCACUGUCGGGAAGACUUCUGGGAAGCUAAUGUCCAGAAGAAAAGACAUCAGGAUCUACUUUUGAGGCAAGGUUCAUUCAUCAGCAAGAAAACAUUGUCCAAGGAAAGAAGUCAUGGUUGUAAUAAUUUUGGAAAAAUAUCUCUUCUGAGGGCUGAACUUCUUCCUUCAAUUCAAAGCUCCAGUAACUGGGAUCCAUGUGGAAAGAGCAUGAAACAUAAUUUAAAAUCAAUUGGUUUUAAAAAAAACUGUUCAAAACAGCAAGGUGAAUGUUAUGAAUAUGGGAAAGGGAAAUUGUUACAGUUUGUAAAUCAUGAUAGAAGAUCUAAUGGAGAAAAAACAUGGGAAUGCAGUCAGUGUGAGAAAGUUUUCAGCCAUAACCCAGCACUUACAUAUAAACCAGCAGGAACCAGUUCUCUUGUGUACAAACGGAAGAGGAUUCCACCUAUAGAGAAACCCCACAUCUGUAAUGAGUGUGGGAAAGCAUUCUGCUAUAAGUCUGAAUUCAUUAGGCAUCAGAGAAGUCACACGGGGGAGAAACCAUAUGGAUGCACUGAUUGUGGGAAAGCCUUUUCACAUAAGUCUACCCUUAUUAAACACCAGAGAAUUCACACUGGGGUAAGACCCUUUGAAUGUUUCUUUUGUGGGAAAGCCUUUACCCAGAAAUCACACCGCACAGAACAUCAGAGGACACAUACAGGAGAGAGACCUUUUGUGUGCAGUGAAUGUGGGAAGUCAUUUGGUGAAAAGUCAUACCUCAAUGUACAUCGAAAAAUGCACACAGGAGAAAAACCCUAUCAUUGCAGAGAAUGUGGGAAAUCCUUUAGCCAAAAGUCAUGCCUCAAUAAACAUUGGAGAACUCAUACAGGAGAAAAGCCCUAUGGAUGCAAUGAAUGUGGCAAAGCUUUCUACCAGAAGCCAAACCUGAGUAGACAUCAGAAAAUUCAUGCUAGAAAGAAUGCCUACAGGAAUGAAAACCUAAUAAUUAUGGGAAAGCCUUGA